CCGCCUCUCUGAUUUCGACCAACUCUCUGGUGUUUGUUCGCGGCCUGUGUUCGUUUGUUUCACGUUCAUUGAAACAUAAUAACGUGUUCAUUCUUCCCUGGAAGGAUUAUUACAGAAGCGUGGAGCUGCGUCAAAGUCGGCCCAAUCGGAUGAAAACUUGGGAUUACAAUUCUGUCGUUUAGGAAACGGACAGCCAGGAGUCCAGAAAGGGAAGAGAAGUUUUGAGUGGCCAUGGCAUACUCAAACUAUAGCACCCUGAACAGGGCUCAGCUUACGUUUGAGUACCUACAUACUAACUCGACGACCCAUGAGUUCUUAUUUGGAGCGUUGGCGGAGCUUGUGGACAAUUCCAGAGAUGCCAGUGCCACAAGAAUUGACAUCUGUACAGAAAAAAGGCCAGAACUACGUGGUGGCUUCAUGCUCCGUUUUCUUGAUGAUGGUAUAGGAAUGGACCCAAGUGAGGCAACCCAUGUGAUUCAGUUUGGAAAGUCAAGCAAACGGUCACCAGAGUCGACACAUAUUGGCCAAUAUGGAAAUGGCCUGAAGUCGGGGUCCAUGCGUAUUGGCAAAGACUUCAUCUUAUUCACAAAAAAGGGAGACACGCUGACUUGCCUUUUCCUAUCAAGGACAUUUCAUGAAGAGGAGGGACUUGAUGAGGUGAUCGUUCCCCUCCCCUCAUGGGAUCUGAAGACCAAACAACCACUGACCUCUGACCCAGAGAAGUAUGCCAUAGAGACCGAGCUCAUCUUCAAAUACUCUCCUUUUAAAAAUGAGCAGCAGUUGAUGGAACAGUUCAGCAAAAUAGAAAGUAGCAGUGGUACACUUGUGAUCAUCUAUAAUCUGAAGCUGAUGGAUAGUGGCGAUCCAGAGCUGGAUGUGGAGACUGACCACCAGGAUAUUCUGAUGGCUGGUACCCCUGUCGAAGGAGUGAAGCCAGAAAGGAGAUCAUUCAGGGCAUACACAGCAGUGUUAUACAUUGACCCACGCAUGAGGAUCUUUAUCCAGGGACACAAAGUCAGAACGAAGAGAUUGUCCUGCUGUCUUUAUAAACCCAGGGUUUACAAAUAUACAUCGACACGUUUUAAAACACGUGCGGAGCAAGAAGUGAAGAAAGCAGAUCAUCUUGCUAAAAUUGCGGAGGAGAAAGCCCGUGAGGCAGAGAGUAAGCGUGUGGCUAUGGAGGCCAAAUUAGUAGAUGACGUGUCAAAAGAUUCACGGGCAAUUCUGAGAAAAGUCCAGGAUGCAGCAGUGAUGCUUCGAGGAGACGCUGACUUGAAAAAAAGGAUCUUGGAAGCCAAACAGAAAGCGUUAAAGGAGCCUAAAGAGCUGAAUUUUAUAUUUGGAGUGAACAUUGAGCAGAGGGAACUGGAUGGGAUGUUUGUCUACAAUUGCUCUCGUCUCAUUAAGAUGUAUGAGAAGACAGGACCCCAGCUGGAGGGAGGCAUGGCCUGUGGAGGUGUGGUUGGAGUUGUGGAUGUCCCUUAUUUAGUUUUAGAGCCUACACACAACAAGCAAGACUUUGCAGAUGCUAAGGAGUAUCGACAUUUACUGAAAUCCAUGGGAGAUCAUCUAGCUCAAUACUGGAAAGACACUAAUAUUGGUGAGUCUCUCCUACACUCGCGCCUGACAGUGCACGUAGCAUCAUUCAUCCAAGGCUCAGAUCGACGUUUGGAAGAUCUAAGUUUCAAUGGAGCUGCAGUAUCUAAGACAUGUAGUGAAUUUCCAAACAGAUCCUCUGUGCUGUUGACCUUUCAGGUUGAUGCACAAAGGAAAGGGGUUACCACUCCUGUGCAGCAGCCCCCAACACCGUCCUCUGUCCCUAAAGCUGUUUCUGCCACCAAACCUAAGGUACCUGAGAAGGUACCAGAACAGGAACCGGAGAAUGACACAAAAAAUGUCCAGAAAGAUAAGGGUCUGCUGGUUGAAGUACGUGUUAAUAAGGAGUGGUACACUGGCAGAGUCAUCGCUGUGGAGGCAAAUAAACAGACUAUUCGCUGGAAAGUUAAGUUUGACUAUGUACCAAGUUCCACCCCUAAAGACAGAUGGGUCUUCAAGGGUAGCGAUGAUGUCCGUUUGAUGCGGCCAGCAUCUCCAAUGUCUCAGACACCUGACACUCAGCAGGACACAGAAAGAGGACAUGCACCCAUGGAACCAGACACCACUCAACCAGGAACCAGCCGAGAGGUGACUGACAGCCUAGUCGCCAUGUUGAGGACAAUGCUACGUUACUUCUUUCCACCUGAUUUUCGGAUUCCUAAGGAUGAUGUCAGCAGCAUGACAGCUGAGGAGUUGAUGUCCUUUCCUUUGAAAGAGUAUUUUCAGCAGUAUGAAUCUGGUCUGCAGUCACUGUGUAACUCGUACCAGAGCAGAGCUGAUGCCAAGGCUAAAGCUGUGGAAGAGAAGAGCAACAGCAUUGAAGUCAAACUGAAGGAGGCAGAUGAGAAACUCCAAAAACUGAGAACAAACAUUGUAGCACUUCUGCAGAAAGUACAAGAGGACAUUGACAUAAACACCGAUGAUGAGCUUGAUGCCUACAUAGAAGACCUUCUGACUAAGGGAGAUUAAAGAAGAAAAAAAACAGUUUUAAAAAUUGAAGAGACUCUUACUUUCAAGCCAUGAAUGGCUGAUAGUUCACUAAGGACUUGCUCAACAAUCCUGCUCAUGUUUUGUAUGCGCAGAGUUUGGUUUAUGUCGGGGCUGUGUUCUCUUUUUUUAGUAAAUCAUAUUUUUGAUUGUUGACUUUCAUGUUUUAGUCAGCACCAACAUGUUUUUGCAUUAUUGGGUAUGCUCUGUGAUUUUCUUUUAAGACUGUUUUAUAUACGGUGCAUCCAGAAAGUAUUCAUAGUGCUUCACUUUUUCCACAUUUUAUCUUGCAACCUUG